CUGCUGUGUCACUUUGUCCCUAAAGCUUGAUGACACUCUUUCCCCGUACUAUAGAAUGAGCAGUGCCGUACAAUGUCUUACAACGAUGUGCCUUCGUUGAGUAAGAUAUAGCGCGUACGUUGGGACAGGUGCGGCGUCUCGAGCUGCGGAACUUAAACUCGCGAACUAUACUUGCAAUAUUAGCCGACCCCCACAGUGUGAACAAAUAGAAACCUAAAUGUAGGUAUCUAUUGUAGCCUAUAAUAUAAGCCAAAGGUAUAUAUAUAUACCUAUAUAUCACAGUAACAAGUAAUAAUGCGCAUGUAGAUAAAGCUUAGCAUCAAUAAAAAGUUGAUACAAUAAUUCUUAGAUUCAACCGGACAGCACUUAACAUAAUAUUACCUAUUUGACUGAAUUGUGCCAACAAUACUGCGAAGUCGACAAAAUUCAAAUAAAAUAACGCGCAAUAUACACGUCAGAAAACAAUGUGUGAAAACAAUGUGUUUUCUGUUGUUGCGCAACAAAGUGAACUGCCAGUUGGUGUAUAUGAUUAAUCUGUUUAUUUUUCUCAAAUAUAAGUACCGGAUUUUCGAGUGCUAUGUUUGUAACCAGGAUUUGGGUUUUUCUUUUGAAUCUAAGUUUCAGCAAAGAAACAUUGAUUUCAUCGUACGGUAAAUGGCAGACUUCCAUUUCUUCGAUCGAAUCAAACAUUUUUCUUUCAAUAAAGUACAAUACUUGCAUUUCUUCUACGCCGAUGUCGAUCAAUGUAACUGCCCAGUCCAAGGAUGCGUCAUUGCCACAUAUGUUUAAUGUGACGGUGGUGGAAAUAUUGCAGCCUUUGUUUAUACUUAACCUGGAACGUGUUGAUAAAAGCGAGGGCUGGGCGGAAACAGAAAUCCUAUUUGAAUGGAAUCUUACCUAUGGCGAAGGAAUCGUGUUCAGACAUCAAUAUAUAUGGCUACCGUUUGCAUCAGAGAAUGUCAUGUUUGACAGACAAGGCUCAUUCGACGAGUGUAAGAAAACUGGUGGUAGUUUAGUGGAUAUCGCCGACAAAGAAACUUUUGAUGUCAUUUGCAAUUACGUAAAAAACACUUUGCAUUCUGGUAACAACAUUUAUAUUAACAUGUGGACAGGAAUGACAUUCAACCCAACGACAUAUGAAAUAAUCCAGAGCAAUGGCGAACCUGGCUACAAUGAAUCUUGGCGUCAAGAUCCAAACACAGACAGAUAUUCAUUCGGCGUCAGAAUGUUUGUUACAACUCAAGUAAAUUCUUUAAACGGGUUUCGAAAUCGAAAAUUCACCACACUGGCAUCGCCUCUCUGUUCAUCACCACUAAACGUCGCAUUAAACGUAAUGGACUGAGAGUA